AUGCAGAGAAAGAAGAAGCAAUCCCCAGUGGCAUGGUAUCCACCAGAAAAGAAGUGUGGGAGAGCAAGUGGUGAAGAAGGGAUGCAGUGCACUAAAAUACAAAAUGAGAUUUCAAUCAGAAAAUCAGCACCCGUCAGCCAUGGAUUCUCAUUUCCCCCUUUCAACCACUCAUCUUCUCUCUGUCACCAUUUUCCCGGGAAAAUAACUGCUCCUUCAAUCAUCACUGUUUACUUCGCCAACAAACAACGAUGA